AUGGCAAGCAAGCAGCUAGUAAUGGAAGACGACAACCCCUUUCUUCCCGACGAUAUCAUCAUUAACAUUCUCAAAAGACUUCCGGUAAAAUCCCUAAUCCGAUUUCAAUGCGUGUCCAAAGAUUGGAAAAAUCUUAUCAAGACUCCGUUUUUCAUCCAAGACCACCUCCACCACUCCAACCAUCAAAACCCUUCCCUUCUCCUCCAACCUGACCGUCCCAGGAAUAGUCUUCGUGAUAUACACGUCGCUGUACUGGGUUGCAAAAAGCGAGUCCUUGAUAUUCAAGAACCACCUUUGAUUGAUUCGUCGUUGGAUAAUGGACUUGUGGUCGUGGGUUCCUGCAAUGGCUUGGUUCUUGCUAGAAUAGUUGAGCGUGUAUUUGGGUUCAGUCCGAUUGAUAAUGAUUACAAGAUAAUGAGAAUUACUGUUUGUGAGCUUCAUUUUGUGGUUAAUUCAGUGGAGGUGUAUUCAUUAAACUCUGGGUCAUGGAAGAAGGUAGGAUUUGGAAAUCUAGAGGGUGUAGGUUUUGGUAAUCUGAGUAAUGUAACUGUUAAUGGGGUUAUGUUUUUUGUUGGUAGAAAGGAUGAUUUUAAUGAUCAGGUAGUAUCAUUUGACCUGACAAAUGAAGUGUUCACAUUGAUACCAAUGCCUGAUUUAGGUCGUGCUUAUAUCAGAAGGCUUACUGUGUAUGAGAACAAAAUUGGUGUGAUUGCUGACUCUGUUGGAAAGGAUAAAUCUCAUUUCAUUCGUUUGCGGGUGAUGGAGGAGGAUACAUGUGUGUCAGGGAAGACAUGGAAUUGGACUAGAAUACAUGCUAGCAAACACUGUUCUCUGCCUCGCGAGUUAAAUCCAAUGACUACUUGGAGGAAUGAAAUUGUGUUCCAUCCUCUAUAUCAGAUUGAGAAUGAUGUUGAAACAAAUAAAUUUUAUCUGCUUAAUAUUGCUACUGAUGAGUUUGAGAAGUUUUCUAUCAGCUGUGGCUAUAUCAGUAAGAUUUUUAAUUACGUGGAAAGCCUUGUAUCAGUCAGCAACAUCGAUGUUGAAGAACCUUGA